AAACAAAUCUCAGAGAUGUUGUGGUGGAGAUCCAAUCUCUCUCCACACUCUACUUCACACUGUGGCAAAAAAAAAGGACUACACCCAAACAAACCCAUUGACACAAAAACAUCGAUUGUCUCUCCCUCCAGUCCUCACUCAAUUUCGCCGGAAAAAUCCCCUUUUCCAGUACUCUUUCAGUCAUAUUUUGGUGGUGGGUUGCAUGCAGUAGUACGUGAUUGCACUGCGAGAGUUUGUCUGCGUAGUGGGCAAGUUCGAUUUUUGAUUUUUUUUCCCACUUCGGGGAUUUGUAAUGCUUGCUGUGUCGCCUUUGAGGAGCACCAACGAUGAGAGAGAGGGAGAGAUGGAGAGUUUCUCGAUCGGAGCCGAUGACUUCCCGGACUUCUAUGAAGGGAACUUGCUCGAAUGUAUCGAUUUCGACGAUCUUUUCAUCGGCAUACACGACGGAGAGAUAUUGCCGGACUUGGAGAUGGACCCAGAAAUUCUCGCUGAAUUUUCCGUUAGCGCCGGAGAAGAAUCCGACGUCAACACAUCGGUAACCGAGAAAAAGGUAGAGGAUAAUCCAAAGAAAGAGGAGGAAGACAAAGUUUCAGAUACGGGGUCGGGUUCUGGGUUGGGGUACGGGUCGAGCUCGAGUCGAGGAGAAGAGAUUGUGAGCAAGAGAAGUGAAUCUGUUGCAACAAACGCAUCUCCGAAAGAAGUUGAAAAAGGCCGAAAAUCAUCAGCACAAUCAAAGAAUCCUCAAGGGAAGAGAAAAGUGAAGGUGGAUUGGACCCCAGAGCUGCAUAGGAGGUUUGUGCAGGCAGUGGAGCAGCUAGGUGUGGAUAAAGCAGUGCCUUCAAGGAUUUUAGAGAUUAUGGGAAUCGAUUGUCUCACUCGCCACAACAUUGCUAGCCACCUUCAAAAAUAUCGGUCCCAUAGGAAGCAUUUGCUGGCUCGGGAAGCUGAGGCGGCGAGCUGGAGCCAGAAACGGCAAAUGUAUGGAGUAGCAGCCGGAGGAGGAGGACACAAGAGAGAGAUGGGAGGUUGGAUUCCACCUACCAUGGGCUUCCCUCAUAUAACACCAAUGCACCACCACCCCUUCAGACCUUUACAUGUUUGGGGUCAUCCCACAGUUGACCAGUCAGCAAUGCAUAUGUGGCCUAAACAUCUCCCCCAUUCACCAUCUCCACCGCCGCCGCCACCACCUACAUGGCCACCAUCUGCUACACCUCCUUCACCUUCACCGGACCCUUAUUGGCAUCCUCACCACCAACGCGUUCCAAAUGGACUAACCCAAGGGACACCUUGCUUUCCACAACCUCUGGCAGCGGCGAGGUUUGCAACUCCACCUGUCACAGGCAUCCCACCCCAUCCCAUGUACAAAGUAGAUCAUAAUCAUCCAGGCAUUGGCGUCCCGGCUCGACAUUCGGGCCCCUUUCCUCUCUUCGAUUUUCAUCCCUCCAAAGAGACCAUAGAUGCAGCCAUUGGAGAUGCUUUAUCAAAGCCAUGGCAGCCUCUUCCUCUUGGCCUAAAACCUCCUUCUCUUGAUGGUGUGAUGGUGGAACUGCAGCGUCAAGGGGUUCCCAAAAUACCACCUACUUGUGCUUGAAAAAAUUUCAUGCAAUUGAUUAAUGGCAUCUCCAAGACGAAGACAAAAACCCAAAAUUCGACGACAUUCCUGCACUUAGUUGUACACAUCUAAUCUGAGAAAACCUUUCUUCUUCGAUCUCUUUCUUUUUUUUCUGGCCCUUUUUUUUGUUGUUCUUACCCAAACCCAAGUACUAGUACUUCUUGCCUACAUGCAUGAGCCUGAGAGCAGCUUUCAUUUGUAGCUUGGCCAUGGGUGAUCCUUGGAUAAAUAUCAAAACCAAUAAUUUUUGUAAUGGUUUCUACAAAUAUGAGUACAAAAAUUCUGAGGACAA